AUCGCUCGCUCGCUCGCUUCCGUUCAUUCCAUAAGGAUUCUCCUCGGACGAUCCUUUCUUAAACAAAGAUAAAAAAAAAAAAACCUCCGUCAAUCCUGCCAUUGUCUCUUUCCUCCGACUUACGUGCCCUUUGCUUUGCAUCUCCAUUCAGUCAACACAAAAUUCCAAUGGUCUCCACCGUCGUUCAUUUCUGCGAAACCGACAGAUACUUGAAAAAAUCUCACUUAUGACUUACCCUGUCUUACCAAAUCCUGUGACUCACACGAAGAAACACCAAAUUCUCUCUCUCUCUCUAGCCUCUCCAGCAAAAUAGAGCUCCUAAAUCCUGCCCACCCGCCCCACCAUAACCCGAACCCGAAUUCCCAUUCUGUGGGGUUCGGUUUCGGGCCUAACGGGAUGUUGAGCUCUCAGUUGCCGGACAUUGCGGAAGAAAGUAGCAGCGAAAGAGUUUAUGUGGCUUUAGGGAAUUCUAUAGAGAAAGCUGUGAGCUUGCUCAACUGGGUUUUCGAAAGCUUGGGAACCAGACAAAUUUGUUUACUUCACGUUCACCGUCCUUCUCCUCUGAUACCUACUCUCUUGGGGAAGCUUCCAGCUAGUCAAGCAAAUGCUGAAGUAGUGUCCGCAUUUAGAAGGGAGGAGAAUGAACGGACGAAGAAACUUUUUGAUUAUUACUUGAUCAUUUGUCGUAGAGCAAAGGUUGAAGCAACUAUUGUUACAAUUGAAAGUGACCAAGUUCAUAAGGGAAUUGUAGAAUUGUUGAACAGACAUGGUGUCAGGAAGCUUGUUAUGGGGGCUGUAAAAGAAAAUUGUAUGAAGGUCAAAAAGAGCUCCUGCAAAGAAAACUAUGCUGCGAAACAUGCACCCUUGUUCUGUGAGAUAUGGUUUAUCAACAAAGGGAAAUGUAUAUGGACAAGAGAAGCUUCUGAAAAUUCAAAUCUUCUCCAGGGUUCAUUUAGUUCAACAGGUAGCAGCUGUGCUUCAGGAUGCACUUCCACUGAAAUGAGAGUGUCUUCAGGUUCUGAUCCAAAAUUGGAGGAAGAAAGCUCAUAUUCUCACAUUGAAGAAGUGAGUUUAGAAGCAGAAGCUUUGGGGAAUGAAGCAUUUGAAGAGUUGUUGAAGUGCAAAACGUUGGAACUGGAAGCAAUGGAAGCUUUCAGCAAGGUCAAAAUCUAUGAAUCUGCUCUUGUACAUGAAGUUAAACUUAGAAAAGACGCUGAAGAUGCACUCAAUAAUACAAUACAGGAUCAAGAAAAGCUAUUGAAAGAGAAAGAUGAAGUAGCUAGAAAGCUAGAGAGAACCAUGAGAAAUGUUGCUCUUCUAGACAUUCGUGCACAGGAAGCAAAUCGCAGGUGUGAGGAAGCUUCUGGAGAAUUAAAACUCAUUCAAACAUCCGUCUUGUCUCUGCGGCAGGAAGAGCAGAGGAUCCGACGGCAGAAAAUGGAAGCUGUGCAUUGGCUUGAGCGGUGGAGAAGUCCUGGGCAAGCAGGAACUGCAAACUGCAAUGGUUUUCUUGGAAUCACUGAAGAGUUGCCUGAAUUAGCAGAAUUUUCUUUGUCUGAUUUGCAAACUGCUACUUGCAACUUCUCUGAGAGCUUCAAGCUUGGUCAGGGAGGUUGUGGUCAAGUUUACAAGGGUGAAAUGUUGGGUAGAACUGUUGCUAUAAAGAGGCUGCAUCCCAAUAACAUGCAAGGGCAAUCAGAGUUUCAAAAGGAGGUCCAAGUUCUUGGCAAACUACAGCAUCCUCAUCUGGUGACUCUGCUUGGUGCGUGUCCAGAAGCAUGGUCUCUUGUGUAUGAGUACUUGCCCAAUGGGAGCCUCCAAGACCGCCUUUUCCAGAAAAACAACAUUGCCCCCUUGACAUGGAAGAUUCGAACACGUAUUAUUGCUGAAAUCUCAAGUGCCCUUUGCUUCUUGCACUCUUCCAAACCUGAAAAGAUUGUCCAUGGUGAUCUGAAACCACAAAACAUCCUGCUAAAUUCUGAACUUAGCUGCAAGAUAUGUGAGUUUGGAAUUUGCAGGUUGGUAACAGAGGAUAGUCUUUAUCAGCCAAGUUUUCAUUGGAGAACUAUUCCAAAGGGUUCCUUUCCAUAUACAGAUCCAGAGUUCCAAAGAAUUGGAGUCUUGACACCGAAGUCUGACAUCUAUGCCUUUGGAGUAAUCAUUCUACAGCUACUCACUGGCAAGCCUCCUGCUGGAUUGGUAGGUGAGGUGCGUAGAACAAGGAAAUUAGCCUCAAUUUUGGAUCCAUCAGCUGAAUGGCCAAUGAUUGUGGCAAGGCGAUUGGUGGAUUUGGCCUUGCAGUUCUGUGAAUUGAGCAGUAGGGGUAGACCAGACCUAACACCUACACUGGUAAGGGAAUUGGAACAUCUGCAUGUUUCAGAGGAGAGACCGGUGCCAUCUUUCUUCUUGUGCCCUAUUCUUCAGGAAAUAAUGCACGACCCUCAGGUGGCAGCUGAUGGGUUCACGUAUGAAGGAGAAGCCUUGCGUGGCUGGCUGGCAAAUGGCCGUGAAACAUCUCCAAUGACCAAUCUGAGAUUAGAUCACUUGCAUCUCACUCCCAACCAUGCAUUGCGUCUUGCCAUUCAAGACUGGCUUUGUAAAUAUUAGAAUCCCAUGCAUUCAGUUAUAUUGCGUGUUAAUCAUGUUUGUAUAGAUUGCAUUCUAGGCUAUCCUUGCUUCACCGUGUAUAGAUGAUAGAAAUAGCUGCAUGAAAGAUAGCGGGUAGUGUUUUAGAUGCUGCAUUGGCCGAGUUAAAUUCGGCUGUGUUUGAUUAUUUGUACAAAAUUGUUUCAGCCAAGUGAAUGAAACCUGAAAACCAUGUGUCAUUCGAGAUGGAUA